UAAAAAUGGUACGCGAAGGCGUUUGGUCAAGCCUUGCAGAGCGCUGGAAGCCGGGCGUUGACGAAAAGGAAGGCAGAGCAAUAAAGACCCAGAGUUCAACUAAUUGAUCCCCGCAUCCUGCAAUCUCCAUUCACCCUGACCAUGGCUACAAUCACAUUCCAAGAGCAUGCCAUUGCAGCCCAGACAGACAUUGCAAACAUCAAGAGCAAGGUCGUCGUUAACAAUGUCGAGCUUGAAGCAUCUCCUGCACCCCCGGUGGCCGACGACUUUAUGUACGAUUUCAAGUACAACCAUCCGCUACCAACACCCCAGAGUCUUGGAAUCAGCAUUCCCACUGGUACGGAUGCUCAGAAGGCAGCGGAUUCCAUUAUCGAACCGCUUUCCAGAGCCAUGAUCUCGGGCGAUGCAAAGGCUUUUGGAGAAUUGUUUCUCGAAUUUGGCGUAUGGAGGGACAAGUUGACGUUCACGUGGGACUACCGGACUUUCAAUUUCCGGUCAGCAAUUGUCGCAGCUGCACAGGAUGUGUUCGCUACGACCAAGGCUUCCAAUUUUGGAUAUCUUAAUCCGGCCCCCAAGAUCUCCCAACCUUUCCCUGACUUCGAGCAACUACAGUUCGUAAUCUCAUUCGAGACUGAUGUUGUGACCGCCUCAGCGGUUGUCACGGCGGUCUACACAAAGGAUGGCUGGAAGAUAUACACAUUGCAUACAGUCGCCGAGAGUCUCAAGGACUUUCCUGAAGUUCCCCCUUAUGACGGACAUAUGACCAGUGCAGUAAGCUGGGAGUCACAGAGGAAAACGGACAAUGACGCUGCAGACCCUGAGGUUCUCAUCAUCGGAGGCGGCCAGAACGGCCUCGCAUUAUCAGCACGAUGCAAGGCUCUGGGUAUGAAGACCUUGAUCAUCGAGCGCGGCGACGAGAUUGGAGAUGUAUGGUCGAAGCGCUACGAAUACCUUUCACUACACAUGCCGCACUGGGCAGACGACUUGCCGUACUUCGCAUAUCCAAAGCACUGGCCUACCUACACGCCUGCACAGAAGCAAGGCCUAUAUAUGAAGUGGUAUGCGUCUGCUCUUGAACUCAACGUCUGGUGCAAAUCGUCGGUGGUCGAAGCCGGACAGGAUGCUGAAGGAAAUUGGACCGUCCGUAUCAACAAAGAAGGGAAAGAAGUUCGAACACUUCAUCCGAAACAGCUCGUCAUGGCCACUUCGCUCUGCGGAGUCCCUCUCAGCCCUGUGGUCCCCGGUAUGAACACCUUCAAAGGCACAGUUCGACACUCUUCCGCGCACGAUAGCGCACGCGAGUGGGCCGGCAAGAGAGUCUGCGUUGUUGGCACAUCAUCCUCGGGGCUCGACACCGCCUAUGACUUCGCCCGUCAUGGCGUUGAUAUCACUCUGCUUCAACGUUCGCCCACCUAUGUCAUGUCCCUCACCCAUUCAGUGCCCCGUGGCAUUGGCAACUACGCCCCCAAUGCUAAAGGUGAUCGAGCAGAUCUCGAGGAGAUGGACCGACUAUUCUUUGCAAUGCCCACAGGUCCUGGCGAAGAGCUUGCCAGACGUAACGCCAAAGAACUCGAGGAGCUUGACAAGGAACUACUCGAUGGUCUCAAUGCGAAAGGCUUCCGCACAUGGCGCGGCCAGCGCGGUACUGGAAAUGCCACGCUUAGCUUGACACGCAACGGUGGUUUCUACUUCGAAGCUGGCGCAUGCAAGCAGAUCAUCGAUGGCAAAAUCAAGAUGGAGCAAGGAUUCAUCGAGCGUUUCACCGAGGACAAGGUUAUUUUGAACGGCGGGCGUGAGCGUGAAUUCGACCUAGUCGUGUUUGCGACUGGAUUCUCUAACACGAUAGAUUCAAUCCGUAUGACGCUCGGAGAGAAGAUUGCCGACAAGUGCGGACCUAUCUGGGGUGUGGAUGAAGAAGGCGAGUACAAGACUGCUUUCAAGGAAACGGGCGUACCGAACAUGUGGAUCAUGUGUGGGUUCCUUGUUGCUACGCGAUACCAUUCUAAACUCCUUGCUUUACGUUUGAAAGCAUUGGCUGAGGGUGUCGCACUUCCACCAUACAAGAAAAGUAUUUGAGCUGGCUAGACUCUUAGAAUAGAUUUCGUUGCGCAAUCAGAAGAGUGGUACAA